AUGUCACUAUUUUUGUGCAUAGUUCUUCCCAUAAUCUUUCUAUACCUUCUUCUCCACAAAACCACAAAACCAACAAAAGCCAGAGCUCCCCCCGGCCCGCCACGCCUCCCGUUCAUCGGGAACCUCCACCAAUUCCUGGCGGCCGGCAACCUCCCACCAUAUUUGUGGAAACUCUCCAAGAAACACGGCCCCAUAAUCCACCUCAAACUCGGCUCCAUCCCCGUCGUCGUCGUCUCUUCACCCAAACUAGCAGAACAAGUCCUGAAAACACAGGAUUUAUCAUUCUGCAGCAGGCCUAAGUUUCUCGGGCAGCAGAAGCUCUCGUACAGCAGCGUGGACAUCGCGUUCGCCCCCUACGGACAUUACUGGAGGGAGAUGAGGAAGAUCACAUCGGUUCAUCUCCUCAGCCUCAAGAAGAUCCAUGCCUUUCGUUCCAUCCGCGACGAGGAGGUGUCUCGUAUGAUCGCCAGGGUUUCGAGAAUCUGCGACGGUGAGAGUGAAGGGGUUGUGAAUUUGAGCGAGAUGGCUCUCUCUCUAGGCAGCAAUUUGAUAUGCAGAAUCGCUUUUGGGAGAGGAUAUGAGUAUGAUGAAUCGAAGCAACAAAGGGUUGGUGAGAUGCUGAGAGAGGCUCAAGGUGUGAUGGCGUCUCUAUCGGUAUCAGAUUUCUUUCCUUGGUUGAGUUGGGUGGAUAGGCUCAAUGGAUAUGCAGAUUGGGUGGAGAGGACUUGCAAGAAUUUGGAUGAGUUCUAUCAAGAGAUCAUUGAUGAUCAUCUUGAUCCAAACAGGAAGAAGGAGAAGGAUAUGGUUGAUGUAUUGCUACAGCUUGAAGAGGAGAAGUCUCACUCUUUUGAUUUCAACUACAAGAAUAUCAAAGCUCUGCUAAUGAAUAUAUUAGUCGGAGGAACCGACACAAGUGCAUCGACGACAGUUUGGGUGAUGACGGCGUUGAUGAAGGCGCCCAAGAUCAUGAAGAAACUCCAGGAAGAAAUCCGCAAUUUGGAGGCCAAAAAAGGGAUAAUAGACGAAGAUGAUCUGCCUCGACUUUCAUAUUUGAAAGCAGUCAUAAACGAGACAUUUCGAUUGCAUCCUCCGAUUCCAAUUCUUAUGCCUAGGCAAGCGAUGCAGAGAUGCACUCUGCAUGGCUACCAAAUUGAGCCCAAAACAGUGGUUUAUGUAAACGCGUGGGCAGUUGCAAGAGAUCCCCGGUACUGGAAACAUCCAGAUGAGUUUGUGCCUGAGAGGUUCUUAAAUAGUACUACUACUAAUAUUGACCCGAAAAGCCAAGAUUUCGGGUUCCUUCCAUUCGGGGCGGGUCGGAGAAUGUGUCCCGGGUCACCUAUGGGACUUAUAAAUGUAGAGGUUGCGGUUGCUAAUUUGCUCUACUCUUUUGAUUGGGUAAUGCCCAAAGGGAGCAAGCUUGAUGAGGAAUCUCAUCCUGGUAUUACAGUGCAUAAGAAAAUACCACUACUUCUUGUACCUAAAAGAUAUUCACCUUAG